AGUCCCCAACUAAUUACAUAUGCCAAACGAGUUUCGCUUCUGUUUCAGGGUACGUAAGCAGUCAGAGUUCCAUCUUGGUCGUUUCCCAUAAGUUUCCAGUUUCAUUUAAGCACGAUCUUUUAAAACGUUUCUCGGCAGGUAAACCUAAACCUUCAUGGAUUUAAAUAGCACACAGAAGUGUUACUUCCUAACAAGCUUGGAGCUAUCACACGAAGGAAGUAUCUAUGCCUCUGAAAUCGCUUUUUGUGCAGUAAACUCAGUGUUUUCUGUAAUAGCAACCACCUGGAACAUUUUAGUGAUCCUAGUGAUCUGGAAGACGCCGCUUCUCCAUUCGCCAUCGAACAUUCUUAUUUGCUGCCUUGCCUGCUCAGAUCUUGUUAUCGGUCUCUUGGCUCAACCCAUGCUAGUUACCUACAAGAUCGCUGAGCUGCAGAAUAGCGCUAACACGGCCUGCAUCGGUAGGCUCAUUCACUGGAUUGUUGGGUUUGUAUGCGCGGGAGUUUCCGUUCUGACAAUUUGCGCCAUCUCGGUGGAUAAAGUAGCUGCUUUACACUGGCAUCUUCGUUACGGAGAAAAAGUCACAGUUGUACGUGUUUUGAGAAUUAUUUGCGCUUUCUGGUUAUUUUGCAUUUCUACGGCAGUUUCUCUCUUCUUGGCCGACACAGAUCGCUACUGGACGCUUGUUCCGUUACCCGUGCUUGCGGUGACUUUGACUACUACUUUUGUAGCAUACAUCAAAGUAUUUAAAGUGCUCCGACGCCAUCAGAAACAAAUACAGUCCCAGACUCGGUCUGCGUGGGAAGGAGUCAAUAUAAGAAAAUACAAAAAGUCUGUUAUUACCAUGGUUUAUUUGUUAGCGAUGUUUCUGGUUUGUUAUACUCCGUUCUUAAUGGCAAUGGCUGUUCGGCUUCUGGUUGGUUACAGUUCUGGUGUAAAAAUGGCUUACGAGUGGGGAGCAACGAUUGUUUAUUUAAAUUCAUCGUUAAAUCCUUUAGUGUACUGGCUCAGAAUGCAAGAUAUACGUCUUGCAACGUACAACGCCAUCAGAAAAAUACUUGGGAACGAGAGCAGAUUUGAGAGUAAAGUUUUGCAAUUCAGCAAUUGGAACAUUUUUAAUGAUAAUAAUGUAAGCAAGUCUCGAUUUGACAUUUCGCAAGCUUUUCGAAAUUGACUGCCGAUCAAACUAAAUACAAAUUUCAUUGUGUGCAAGCUGUCUUUGAUGUUUAUUUGGACUUCGAAAACCUCAUGGUGAAUAUUUUUUUUCGUGUAAAACGACAAUACUUUACAGCUGCCUGCGAUACCGAGCUUUUGCAUGAAGGUCUGUUAAUAACAGAAAGGUCAGUUGUGAUGAGAAAAUUUUUGAAACAUCAAAGGAAAGUAAGAGAAACAGAAAAGAUUUUUAUUUUAACAUGACUUUAAAAUCAAUUUUGUUAUCAUUGCAUUGCUUUUUAUAACCAUCGUUAAAACUUGAAAUGCUUCUGUGGCUCGACAUACAUUUCCCUUAAAGUGUAAAAAGAGAUGUGAGAUUUAGAGAAAGCCCUGUUUCUUUAUUUGCACUGUGGUUUAUAGUUUCAACUUUUUUUUAUAUCAUGUAAUCGAUAUAAACCGAAGUCAGGCAGAAUUGAUGUCAUCACGUAGGAAACGAAUGGGAAAAUUAAUUGAACGCAAAACACCUCGAACUACUACUAUAUCCAUACGGAAUUUGCAUCAUAAACUGAAAAUGCUACCGAAGUGGUAUCGAGCCGAUAACCAGAAACAGUUUCUUUACACGCUAUGAAUUAUUCUACCAUUAUGUUAAUUGGUCAAGAAUUCAAAGCCUGCUAUCGCGUCAACGUCAAAAAGAUGCCAUCUGAAAAACCAUUCAGCACCUCGAGGUAAACAAAGAGAAAACACGAUGAAAUUAGGUGGAAAGAAUACCACUACAAGUCCCGUGCAAAAAUCAAAUCUUAUCCGGCGCUACUCUUGAGAUUUACAACACAGAGGACCACAUUCAGCAACUAUAUUGUCACUAAUUGUUAUAACGGAUUCGAGUCAUCCGUUUUAACUUGCUAAUGGCUCAUCGCUAAAUGCUAAUGUAAAGAACGAUUACAUAGAACAGUUGAAAACAUUUAUUCAUACACGUCUCAACUGCUGAAUUUUCCCUGUGGAAAAUUCUUAAAAUCCUUAACCGGCUCCCGGUUAGCUCAUUUGGUUAGAGCGCUGGACUUGUGUGCGGGAGGUCGAGGUCGAUGGUUCGAG